UCUUUAUCAUUUCCGGUAUAGAACUGACCGGGCGGAUAUACUCAGAGGCGCGCGCUCGUUUAAUUUAUUGUUUGAGAGCAGCUGCUACGUGUGCCCUGGUUACAUCACUUCACUUUUUUUUCCAGUUUAUUUUUUUUGUUUGCUCCCAUAAAAAAUGGACUGUGUGGAUUAUCCUAAAGUUUUUCCGAAUUCUCCGAGGAAGGCCCAGGGGCAAAUCCAGGUCAUAUUUGGACCGAUGUUUUCAGGCAAAAGCACCGAAUUGAUGCGAAGGGUGCGACGUUUCCAAAUAGCCCAGUACAGCUGCUUGCUGAUCAAAUAUGCCAAAGAUACACGUUACUCUGACUUUGGCGUGGCCACGCAUGAUAAAAACACAAUGGAGGCAGUACCUGCAAACUGUUUGCGAGAUGUGCAGUCGUUGGCACUCCAAAGCAGUGUCAUUGGAAUUGAUGAAGGACAGUUUUUCCCAGACACAGUGGAGUUUUGUGAGGAGAUGGCCAAUUUGGGCAAGACCAUUAUUGUUGCUGCCUUGGAUGGGACCUUCCAGAGAAGGCCAUUUGGAAACAUCCUGAACCUUGUCCCUCUGGCGGAAAGCGUGGUGAAGCUGCACGCCGUCUGCAUGCAGUGUUACAAAGAAGCGGCCUACACCAAGAGGAUUGGAGCAGAGAAAGAGGUGGAAGUGAUCGGCGGAGCUGACAAGUACCAGGCAGUCUGUCGAAAGUGUUACGGACAUCUGAUGGCGACCAAAGAGAACCGACCUCCCCUCAGGGAUGAAACUCCUCAAAACGCACUUCAUGGAAAAGUUGUGGACUCUGGAAUUCCCAGGAAGCUUUUCUCUUCCCUCCACCUCUGAAAACUCAAACACAAGCGGCAAGUUUUGGAAAUAUAACCGUUAUAUGUUUAAAGCAAAGUCUCGUUGUUUUGCCCGCAGUUACAAUUUAAUGAAUUACAAUUGUGGUCAAGUCCCCUCCUAAAUGGAGACAUGGGAAAAUUAUUUGGGUUCCAAUCAUAUAAUAGUUGUGCUUUUUACUGAUUAUGUAAUUUUAUACAUUAUCAAUGUAACCAAAACAAGCACUUAAAUAUUUGUGUUUCAGCAGGUUUUAUUUUAAUAGGUUAUUGUGUCAAAGUAUUGAUACGAGUGCAGUGUGUUUUUCAUGGUUUUUGUUUAACAACUUGGUUACUUUUAUCUUCCCUUUUGAACGUACAGUGAUCCCUCGCCAUUUCGCUGUUCGUUUAUCGCGGCUUCAGUGCAUCGCGGAAAAACAAUUUUUUUUUUGUUUUUAUUUAUUCAUUUUCUAAAUAUACAUUACAUGGAGUACAGUACUGUAUAUGUUGCUCUAUGUGUCUCGCUGUUGUUUUGCAGCUUCUCGCGGACCGUUUGUGGACUUUUAAAAAGCUUUUUUUUUUACUUGCAUGUUAAUUGGUCGCUACUUUGCGUAUUUUCGUUUAUCACGGGUGGUUUUGGUCCCCAUUAACAGCGGUAAACGAGGGAUUACUGUAUAUCUAAGGUUGCGUGUUAAUUUUGGGUAUAUUUCUGUAAAGUGUAAUCUGCAAGUUAAGUUUGUUUUUUUUUUUUUUUUCCAAAAGCAACUCUGCCUUUUUGUUGGGAUAAGGGAGAGUAAGAACACAUACAGAAAUUUCUUUAAGCUGGCAGUCCUUGGAGUGAAAUUGAAUUAAGCACCACAGUCUAUUAAGAGACCGGGCAUUGGUUUAAAAUGAAUGUGGGGAUAUGAUUUGACUGAAAGUGAUGUUCAUUGUCUAUGAAUUACAUAAAAUGUGAUAAUAAAUAUUGUGACGACAUAUUUCUGUGCAGCUUUCACAUCACUGUUUUCCUUACAGUUCCUUUGAGGCUUUCAGAAUUGCGUGGUGGACCGGAUCUUUAUAGCCCGUGUCCGCCAAUUUAAAGUAUUAGAAUAAAAUGUGCUUAAAUGACU